AUGGCCCUUGCCUUUCCCCAUGAAGACAGUGCUUCAGACAAUGACGGUGCAUCGAUAGGUGAGGAAGCUUACGAUGUUGGAGGAAAAGAUUUGAUGGUGUACCACUCAACAGAGGAGUUACAAAACGAGUGGGUGGUCAAAUCAGCCGCUCCGUGCUUACACCGAACCAGCGAUACAAAGAAGGCCGUGGAAAAUUUUCGCAAAAGCCUAGAGACGGUUAAGAACUAUCAUCGUGACCUAUGGCCUGGAGUUUCGAUCAAACCAAUGAUUUCCAAAUAUCAAAGAUGCCGGCAACCGGCAACAGGAAAUGGCCAAGCUGUGUUCUUUCCAGAAAGCACAAUGACCACAUCCAUGUUUGUGGCCUACAUUCUCUUUGCAGCGGGACAUUCAAAGCGACAGCUGGGCGACCGAGUUGUUGCAGUUCGGACUUUGCAAGGGCUAGUUCAAAAGCUGGUCUCCUCAGAAGUGAGGGAUUCGAUUGCCAUGGUUUGGGAAGAGGAUCUCCGCUGUGAGAAGAAGGAGUGGGUCUACAAUCAUUUUAACCAGGCUUCGUUCCAAGAGUGGCUGGCUUUCAGUGUGGACCCAGCCCACGAGAAGUGGUUGCAACAGUUGCUGCGGCCGAAUGCCCUCAGUUUGCUCAGCCAGUUUGCGUACUGUUUGGACUCAGAGAUUCUUACAUUGGCCAGCCAACUCUCAGAAUGCAGGGCAUCUCUUUACAAGAAAUCUCCCACAUCAGUCACUCUUCAGCAGAAACGCAUGAUUGCGGAGGAAGUCUGGUCUGGAAAGGAGAGGUCUGUGACGCUGGAUCCUGUGCACCAUCGGAGCCUUUUGAGAGUGGAGGAUCAAGAGACGUCCCAAACCAAAGCUUGGCGCUACAUAUUCAGAACCCUCAAAGUGCGAGGGGAGCUUGAAGGUGAUUUGGCCCACAGCCUAUGGAAUUGCUUCAAGAAUGCGUUGAUGAAGGUGGACUUGGCAGAUGGAAGAGACAAGCGCAUCAAAAUGAAAGAGUGCCUCAGUGAUUUUCUCAAAAAGCAGGACUCUGACUGGUGGCAAACGUUUUGCGAAGAUCUGGCAGAGGACCGUGGGUUCCAACGAGAGGAAAACAGUCCUCUCGAGCUUCUGGAAGACGUUAUUUCUUCCCGAUCUAUUGCGAGCAAAGGACGGUAUGUCAGAUCUAAAGCUUGGUUCGGACUCAAUGCAAGCCUCCGAGCACUUGUGCGGGACUGGGCGGUGUUGGCAGAGCAGGGUGAUCCCGAUGAGAGUGAGAACGACGAGGAUGAUGAGGAAUCAUCCAUUGCAGAAGGAGAGGACCGAGAGAAACCAAAGCAGAAGGCAGCGACGAAAUCCGAGCUGUACAAAAUGUACGCUGGGAAAACUCCUAUAGCUAUGUUCACUGAGUUUAUGAUGGACCGCAGUCUGCGUGACGCAGCGGUGCUGAUCACAGAAGUAGCAGAUCCUUUGGAGAACAAAUAUGUAUCAGACCUCAAAGCCCAAAAAGGGGCUGCAGUGCCCUUGCUUUCCCGCUCUGAAGAAGAGAGACACGCCACGAUGACAGGCUUGAAAAGAAUCUUGGACACUGUGUUGUCACUCUCUUCGAAGUCCCGCAAGCUUGAAACCACUUUGUUGAAUGACAUUGGGUGGCAUCGAGAGACGCUAGUGCUGGAGAUAUUUGCAGAAAUUGCGCAGUGUGAUUACGAUUUCAACAACCAAAAUUUGAACCAGAUCCUUACAGAUGUUAAGCUCGGAACAGCCAGCACAAAGUCGAAUUUAGAGUCUGUCUUUGCCCACUUGACGGACGUUGCUAUGCGGCACAACAAGAACGCGCCCUACACUAAAGAAGAGUGUCCGCAAAGCUUCCCACCUGCGGAGGCAUGGCUUCGCUACCAGCUUUCUGCAGCAGAGGAGGUGGAGGCAUUCAAUGCUGUGCUGAACGUCAAGGGGACGCCACUGCCAGAGAUCUCUCCAGAUGACCCGCGGUUUCCACAGCGGGCAAAUGACAUCCUGAAGGAUAAGAUUGCCAACGCUGGCCCGGCUUCUGAUAUGGUUUCCGCAGCAGCCUUGGUCUAUGCUCUGGCUGAUGCAGAUGCUGGCUUUUCCAAUUUGCCCCAUACAGAGCUAGGCUGCCUGUUCGUGACAGGAAGAAUGUACAAGCACAAGGGGAGGGACACCUUUGUCAUAUGUAUGGGCUUCCAGAAAUACUGCGCAGCAGCUUUGCGCCUCAAGCGAGUUGAAGUGGAUGACAAGGAGUUCUUGACGUUGGAUUCACAGUGCUCCGAGCCAUAUUUUCUUUUCAACUACACUGUCGACGAGGACCUUGCUAAUUGGAAAGCUGUUGAGACGAUGCUGUGGCCGCCUUCUUGUAUUCCUGAGGAGCUUCAAGGUGGUAUUGAUGGGCGAAUGGUUGCGUCCUUCCAUCAAGUGACGGGGUACUCGGGGUUGGUCCAUGCCGCGGUCAAAGCUGCUGGCUUCAUGGUGGCUCGUGUUCUCCAAAAAAUACGCAAGCUUUUGGGGUGUCAGAUGCCUGGCAGAGGUUCUGGCAAGAAAGGUGGAUUCACCAAACCAGACUACGCGAAAGCAUUAGUCAAUCACCUUUUUGGUGAUGACACUGAGAAGGAGAAGGCUAGAAUGGUCAAUGGACUCGUUGGUGGGAAGCGCACGUACGAUCCUUCCAUCCUACAGAUCUUGAGCACUCUUGACGGAGAAAACGCUGUAGAUAGAGACUUCCUGCGAAUGAAGAAAGUUGCGACAGAAGAACUCCAAAAUAUGUUGAUGGAGAAGGGUGCGAACAAAGAGAGAGCAGACCAAGCAGAAAAGAAGCAGAAAACAUCGAAGGAACAAGACAAGGAACCAAAGG